AUGAGUGGUGAAAAACCUACGACGCCCAUUUCAUCGCCCAAGCUAGACAAAAACAUGAAGCUUGAAACACCAUCCACCCCACCGUCGCGGCAUAGACAGAAAAGGAUAUCGGCCAGUUUCUUGAAGACCCCUGAACAGCCCUCGGAUAUGUUGGCGUUUUCGCCAUCAUACAAGAGGACAAGUUCUGGAAAUUACAAGUCUCCGGACUACAAGUUGAACACACAUGUGGCACCAUCGCCCUAUUCUUCGUUAAAGACUCCGAGACAUACAGGAUAUGACUCGGAUGACAGUAAUGAGAGAAUAAAAUUCCAGAAGACUCCGCAGUAUUUGUCGCCCGGGAAGAAGUUAUUUAACGAUGACUCCAGUAACAAGGAAGGAUUAUCUGAGAUAAGCCUACAGUUGAAAAGCAAGUUGAGUUCUGCUGCAGGCAAAUUACAUCAACAACAACAACAACGGCAACAGGAGAAGAUUCCUGGUAAGAUUGACUUCAACGAGCUUUCAUUUUCGUUAGCAACAUCACCCACAAAGAAACAAAAGGCAAACCAGGAAAAGCAGUGGAACCCAACUAAUUCAGGCCAAACUACGAACCUCAAUUUACAAACAUUACAGCAAUCACCAGUACCGGCAAGUUCCCCAUCUUUCCUACUGACAUCACAGUUCCAACAAGGAAGAGGCUUAAAACAAUCUCCUACCCUAUCUAAUGAUCACCAGAGUCAUGAAAUACAUAUGCCGUCGAUCGACGACGAAGAAUCGAGUGCACACAAUGCUUUGAUGGCGGCAUUGACUAGACAGAGAAGAAAAUCGAGGACUUCAUUUUCUUCAUCUCAACGUCGUCCAUCAGCUUCUUCGACGCUUUACGACUCACAGCCAUCUAAUUUGGCGCAACCAUUGCUGGCAUCAGGUUCAUUACAGCAUAUUGCAACUCACGGCCAAGUGCUGCAUCAUCAACAACAACCACCUUUGAAGUUACCUCCCAUUAAUGCCAAUAACCCUAAGGAAUCUGAUAAGCCCGUAAACGAGCAAGAUGCAGUGCUAUCUCUUAUGUCUUUGUCAUCGCCGCAGUCUGUCAAGUUUUCACAUAGCAGAACCCACAGCUUGAAUAAUAAUUCUCCUGGUUCGUCUAGAUCAUCGUCUGUCGCUAUAAACAGUCCUGGAAAUCAAUCUACAAAUACCAUGCUCCCGCCCAUCAGCGGAUUAAUUAAUCCGAAAACCUCACACGAUACUAAGAACAAUUACGAUAACGAUGAGACUGAUGUAGAAGAUGAUGCUACGGAUGAUGACAUUGAUAACGGGAUAAAUAAUAAUGUAUAA